UUUCCUAAUUCCUGAUUCCUCGUCGGUUUUUAAAAUUAAAACUACAAUUAAGUAUUGCAAUUUUCAAAUACAUAUUGUGAUUUUUUUUAUUUUGAUACACAUCAGUACCCUGAUGUAAUACGGGAAAUCAUAGAAAUGAUGUAAAUAUUUAAGAAGAACAAAUACAAUCGAGGAAAAUGGUUAUUUGUAAAUAUUUUCAACAAGGCUGUUGUCGUUAUGGACAAAAUUGCAGAUAUGAACAUGUUUAUAGUUCGAAAUACACCUACCAUGCAGGCUCAAACCAGCAACAAGCACCAGCAAGCAAUACAAUAACAGAUGAACAGUUAAUCAAUCAAGUACACCAAGAUAUACAAGCGGCACUUAAGGGAGGACAGUGGAUAUCGAGUUGUUAUUCACCAUAUAAAGAAAAAGCAUGCUUUCCCGGUAUUGCGGACUUGUCACAGGAAGAGGCUAGAUUGAUUAUAUAUGAAGCUAAAGCUAAUAAUACCUUGGAUCAAGCGGUCACAUACAUGAACAAUUUAUUUAAAGAAACCAGACAGAAGUAUGAACAAUUAGUACAACCGUCGGCUCAAAUAAUUAAGAUUUUAAGAAGCUUGUACAAUGGAGACGCAGUAUCAUCUCCUUUUGGAUCUGGUAAUCAAGGUUUUGGAUCCAACGCUACUUCAAUAUUUCGCAGUGCAGUACAACAAGAUCCCUUUAAAAACCAACAAGCUGGUGUGUUCAGCAAUAAUGCAAAUCAAAGCACAUUCAGUCAACAAACCACGAAUCCGCAGUCAAUUUUUGCUCAAGCACGUCAGAACAUAUUUGGCCCUUCACAACCGUCAAAUAUAUUCCAAACGCAACCACAAGAAAGUACAACAGCAAAAUCGAUUUUCGCACAAGCCACUCAAAACAGUUUUAGACAGCCACAGCAACAACAACAAAGUGUUUUUGCAACGAAUCAACCACAACAAAAUGUUUUCGCGACAAAUCAACAACAGAAUGUAUUUGCAACAAACCCACAGAGUGUUUUUGCAACAAAUCAACAACAAAAUGUAUUUUCGAAUAAUCAACAACAGAAUGUAUUUGCAACAAAUCCACAGAACGUGUUUGCAAUCAACCAAUCACAACAAAAUGUGUUUUCGAACAAUCAACAACAGAAUCCAUUUGGUGUACAACAAAAUCAAACUUCAAAUGUAUUUCAACAAAAUGAUGUGUUUGGUGUUUCGAAGAAUGCUUUUCAGCAACAGCCUGUUGAUGAUAGCAACGUUUAUAGCAAAAUUGAAGACUUGUCUCAGAGUGAUUUAGACGCUUUUAACAGUGCGGAGUUCAAAUUAGGUUUCAUACCAGAAUUACCUCCACCUCAUAGUUUAUAUGUUUAAAUAGGAUGAUUAAAUAAAAGUAAAUUAAUAAUUAA